AUGAGUAAUCCAUUUGAUAAAAUUAAAGAUACACUUCCAAGUGGAUAUUCUUUUUAUAACUUGCAAAAGUUGAAUGAUGAAAGAGUUGCACAAUUACCAUAUUCUGUUCGUAUCUUAUUGGAAUCUGCAAUCAGAAACUGUGAUAACUUCCAAGUCCACGAGAAGGAUGUUGAAAAUAUAUUGAAUUGGAAGACAACUGCAAACAAUGUUGAGAUUCCAUUCAAACCAGCAAGAGUUUUAUUACAAGAUUUCACUGGUGUACCAGCAGUUGUUGAUCUUGCAGCAAUGAGAGAUGCAAUGAAGAGACUUGGUGGAGAUCCAAAUAAGAUUAAUCCAUUGGUUCCAGUUGAUUUGGUUAUUGACCAUUCAGUGCAGGUCGAUGUCUCCAGAACACCAGAGGCGUUGGAAGAGAAUCAAAAGAUGGAAUUCCACAGAAACAUUGAGCGUUUCAAGUUCUUAAAGUGGGGACAACAGGCAUUCAAGAAUCUUUUGAUUGCUCCACCAGGUUACGGAAUUGUACAUCAAGUAAACUUGGAGUAUCUCGCCAGAGAGGUUUGCAAGGGUGAGGGUAACGUCCUCUACCCAGACUCUGUUGUCGGUACCGACUCGCACACCACCAUGGUGAAUGGACUUGGUGUCUGCGGUUGGGGUGUCGGUGGUAUCGAAGCUGAGGCUGUGAUGUUGGGUCAACCAAUGUCCAUGGUGCUCCCAGAGGUCAUCGGUUACAAACUGACCGGAUCCCUGCCAGAUCUUGUCACCGCCACCGACUUGGUGCUGACUGUCACCAAAGAGUUGAGAGCCAAGGGUGUAGUCGGUAAGUUUGUAGAGUUCUACGGUAGCGGUGUCGCUUCGUUGUCGGUCGCCGAUCGUGCCACCAUCUCCAACAUGGCGCCAGAGUACGGUGCCACCAUGGGUUAUUUCCCAGCCGACAAGAACACCAUCGCCUAUCUCUCCAACACUGGUCGUAGCGAGGAGCAACUCACCUACAUCGAGCAAUAUCUCAGCUCGCAACACCUCCUCUGCAACUACCAAUCGGAGCAACACCCAAUCUACAGUUCCACCAUCGAGCUCGAUCUCAGCACCGUCGUGCCAAGUAUUUCCGGUCCAAAGCGUCCACACGAUCGUGUCUCUGUCUCCAAGCUCCAAGAGGAUUUCGCAUCUUGCUUAAAGUCACCGGUCGGUUUCAAGGGUUACGGUCUCACUCCAGAGCAAAUCGCCAAGAAGGCAACUCUCAACUUCAAGGGAAAGGAGUACACUAUUACACACGGUGCCGUCUCGAUUGCCGCCAUCACCAGUUGCACCAAUACCUCUAAUCCAUCGGUUAUGUUGGGUGCUGGUUUGCUUGCUAAAGCAGCGGUCGAAGCCGGUCUCUCUGUCGCACCAUACAUCAAAACCAGUUUGUCGCCAGGAAGUGGUGUCGUCACUGACUACCUCGUCAAAUCCGGUGUCCAACCAUUCCUUGACCAACUCGGUUUCAACUUGACCGGUUACGGUUGUAUGACUUGCAUUGGUAACAGCGGUGACUUGGCCGAGCCACUCGCCGAAGCCAUCACCAAGGAGGAUUUGGUCGCCGCCGGUGUCCUCUCUGGAAAUCGUAAUUUCGAAGGUCGUAUUCACCCAUUGUUGCGUGCCAACUACUUGGCAUCGCCACCACUCGUCGUUGCCUACGCCUUGGCAGGAACCGUCGAUAUCGACUUUGACAAGCAACCGAUCGGAACCAGCUCCACCACCGGAAAACCAGUGUUCCUCCGUGAGAUCUGGCCAUCCUCUGCAUUGAUCCAACAAACCAUUGCCAGUUCGAUCCAACCAGAGAUGUACAAACGUUUCUACUCGAACGUAACCGGUGGUAAUCCACGUUGGAAUGAAAUGCAAGUUCCACAAACCACCCUCUAUCCAUGGGACGACAAAUCGACCUACAUUCACAAUCCUCCAUUCUUCCAAUCGAUGGAGCUCACCGUUCCAAAGCGUGAAUCGAUCGCCAACGCCUAUUGUCUCUUAAAUCUGGGUGACUCAAUCACCACCGACCACAUCUCGCCAGCCGGAAACAUCAAUCGUAAGUCGCCAGCUGCCGAUUACCUCAGAGCACACGGUGUCGAUCCAGCCGAUUUCAACACCUACGGUGCACGUCGUGGUAACGACGAAGUGAUGGUGCGUGGAACCUUUGCCAACACACGUUUGGUCAAUAAGCUCGCUCCAUCGGUCGGUCCACAAACCACACACAUUCCAUCGGGUGAAGUUCUCUACAUCUCAGAGGCCGCCCAAAAGUAUAUCGCUGCCGGUUCGCCACUUGUCGUGUUGGCCGGUGCCGACUAUGGAAGUGGAUCGUCGCGUGACUGGGCUGCCAAGGGUCCAUACUUGCAGGGAAUCAAAUGCGUCAUUGCAGUGUCGUUCGAGCGUAUUCACAGAAGCAAUUUGGUCGGUAUGGGUAUCGUGCCAUUGCAAUUCAAGGAGGGACAGAACGCCGACAAACUCGGAUUGAAGGGUACCGAACAAUUCAACAUUGAAAUCCCAGCGGAGAUCAAGACUGGUCAAACCAUCGUUGUAACCACCAGUAGCGGUAUCAAGUUUGAAACCACCUUGCGUUUCGACACACCAAUCGAAAUUGAAUAUUACAGAAACGGUGGUAUUCUACCAUACGUAUUACGUAGAUUACUUCAAUAA